AUGAGCGCGUGCCAGGACGAAGACAAAAAGCAAGCUGCAGCUGUUGUGGUUGUUGUCUGCGGAGGGAUGCGCAUGACCAAAUGUCGGCGUCCGUCAGAGUGGAGGAUACGAAACUAUAUACAGCUCAGCGUUCGUGGUAUUCUUGCCUGCCUGAAGACAGAAACACCAGGCCAUCGACAAUAUUCCAUUGACUCUCAUGCUCUGAACACUGCUGCCACAGGAAUGGACGACGUCUGGACUAAUGCUUGGUCGCAACCAGAAGAAGAUGUUGCCCACAACGUACCCACGAAGCCGAAACUUCACGGUGUGCCUCCAUGGUCAUUUCCGUCCUCAGCGGCGGGUAAGGAGGAAGAGGCAGAUGUCGGGAUGCCUUCCUGGAGCACUGGAGAACUAAACUGGACGGAGCCUACAGGCCAGGCGUCCCUAUGGUCCAGUACAUCUGUCGUGGACGACAUUGCGUUGAGUAUGGAUGGAUGGCGUACGUCCUCGGAUAUGAAGCCGGAAUCAGCUCGCAAUGACGAGCAUACAGAAACGGUUGGAUCGGCAGAUAGUGUAGGAAAUGAGGAGAGCAGCAAUGCUACUCCCAGCGCCGAAGAACAAGAAUUACGCUCCGAAACGCCUGAUUCGUUAGAAACUGCUACUCUACCAGUACACUCGGAACCCAGCCCGUCCGUAACGGAGAAGUCCCCAAUUGUUCCGCAAAGUGAUCUACCUGUAUCCGAAGUGCUUGAUAACUCGGAUAAUUUUGGCUCAUUUGUAGACGGUCUCGCGUCAGUCUCGACCAGCUUUGACGAGAGUAAUGUGACAUGGGGUUCGCCUGCACCUACGUUUAAUGAUCCAGAUGCUACGCAUGACGCUUGGGGCUCGGCAUGGAACACUCCUGAUCUAGGAGACACACAGGAAGAAGAGCCGAAGGAUGAAUGGGCUAUUGCUAGUGAGCAGAAAGCUAAGCGAGAUCGAACCGUACCUCCGGAGCUACUUGCUACCAUUAUGGACCAACUAAAUGAAUUGUCCGAGGUCUUAUGGCAUGAAAAUGAAAGACCGAACUUUGCCGUCGACUUCGGGAAUUGGAGGGAUGGCAUUAGCAACGUGGAUGGACUGCAAGUAUCUAUAUUUCUGUCUGGCGAACUUCUACUCAGAACUCUGCCCGAUGCACGAAUCCAGCCGCCCAUUCAGGUUUCCGGGUCCCACACCACAAAGUCAAUGGCUAAGAGCCUCAAGUUAUCAAAGAACCUACCGGUCGUGCGUAGCAGCCCUAUGUCCCAUUUGUUUACCACGAAAAGCCUUGCUGCUUGGGAGUUAUCCGUUAAAAGCAAGGUGGAGGUGCCGAAGGAUGAUAUACCCGCGGGGUGGAGGAUAGUUGCAAUAGAGGAGGACCAGGACUUGAAACCUACACAGGUGGAAAAGAAAUCAGCGGGCAUUUUGUCUUUCUUCAGUAGAAAGGCGUCUACUGCACAAGCACAGACCCCUACUACGAAUGGUAUAGACUCGAAAAGAUCGUCGUUAUCCCGUGAAGUAUCCUCUGAGACCGCCUCUGGACCUGCCGCUUCAAGGAAUAGUAGCGACACAAACUCUUUGUCCAGCAGAAUGCAGCACUCGUCUUCGGUAUCCAGCUUACCUUCUGUUGCCUCGACGACUCUCCCUUCGUCUCCAGGGGGUUCCUCAUCAAUGCCACCACCCUCCUCACCUGCUCCUAGCUCCAGCCAACCCCCGGAAUCUCCUACUGAACCCGUGGCUUCUCCCGCGCCCUCCGUCGUUUCCAGGUUUUUCAAUAGGUUUUCGAGAACAAAAACGAAUUCAGGCUCUACCAGCCCGCGAAGCUCUCUUGCUCUUUCGACCGAUGACCUCGAGUUCCUAUCUGAUAUCGUGCCGGGUCAUACAGACGGCGCUGAUGAGGACCGUCAAUUAAGUGCUUUAAGUGCUUUUGUGUCUGCUCCAGCUCUGCCAUCAAAGCUCCCUCCGCCUCUUGCACCUCCACCGACCUCCUCUGCAAGCCAGUCAGGUACACCACCGCCGUCAUUACCGCCUCAAAAACCCCUGCUCUCGGCGGCCAGGCCAAAUGUCUUCGGUGAUCUUGAAAGUUUGGUGCCUCAGCUGCCUCCGAAGGGUAGUGGACGUGAUUCUCCCGCGAAUGCUGAAAGCAAUGCACGUGCGCUGCCUCCCCCUCUCUUUCCACCUUUGUCUCCCUCAACCGCCACAUCAUUCUCAAAGCCCCCAACUCCCUCCCCAUUAUCUGGUGUUGUUCGUAGCACGCCGUCCAGAGCUUCCAGUGUCUCAACUCCAUCUCGGAUCACUUCUCCCGUACAUCUAGACCCUCCUAUCAAAGCUCUAAGUGCCCAUAAUACUGGGAGUGGGCCAAGAAGUUUCUCACCCUUAAGCACUGGCAUAAUCGGCUCAGGAAGCUCGUUUGUCGGGACGGCAGGGGGUUUACCAUAUUCACAGAGCCAUUAUCAACCAACAUCGUCUGUACAAUCCCCCAUCCCUCCUCCACCUAUCGAGAAGUCUCCCAAUCGAUCCUUUGCGCUCUCUGAUGCCCAUUCCGUUGUUGAUGACGACGAUUUCUCGGAUUUUCAGAGUCAUACAGCUUCCUCUAUGCGUCUUGCGCAGCCGUCUCGGUCUGAGCCGUUAUCGUUCGAAAUGAGCUUUGACUCUCCUUCAGACCAGUCAAUGUUACCAGAACAAGAAGCACCUGACGAUGACGACUCGUUCGGUGACUUCAGCGACUUCGUCCACUCUUCGGCGCCAACAUCAAUGCCGCGUCCCUUAUCAAAGCCUGAACCACCGUCGCCCCUAUCUCCACCUGUGGAACCGAUAGGUGUAUGCCCUCCGCUUCCGAAGAAGCAAGUUCCUGCUAACUUGAACACGCAACAUUUACGGAAGCCGUCAGCAGCGGAUCAUGAAGCAGCGUCUCGGCUCGUCGAGCGUGCAGCUGCUCGCCCUGGACGAUGGCCAGCACCUCCCUCGCCGAUUCCAGAGCCUCUGUCUCCACCUCCGUCUGGGGGAACGGUUUCUCGAUCAUCAACUUCUAGUCAUUCGCUUCUCGACCUUGACAACGACCGUGUCAAACCGAAACCCCCGGUUACCCAAGCGCGCUCAAUCACCCUAAAACCAAUAGCACAAAUCACCUCUCUCACCAAGUCUGGACGAGAAGGGGGGGCAAGCCCGCCCCUUCUGCCUCCGCCGCGAUCGAUUUCGAACGGAAAGUCAGUUGCUGAGGCCUCGCUGUUGGACCUAGGAGAUUCUCCGAAGCCUGUGAAAUCCCAUACACCCUCCGCGCAAGGUGCUCGUCCGUCUUCAUUUCUGGAGGAGAAACCGAAAGCUCUGUCAACCAGGCCCGGACAAGGUGGCUUAUCCGCGCAGGAUUUAUCUUUCUUUGAAGGACUAUAGCAAUUCUUUACAUUGUUUACUACAUCAUUGCGUCCUUUUUUAAUGCAAUAUUACGGAGUGGGUUUUGUAUUUUGGUGGAGCUUGGUUUGCCUGUAAUGUAUCACAUAGUGCC